CUCUCACCCCAAUUUAGAAAGAAAAUCCGUGAAGAGCCGUGCUUUUUUAAUGGGUGAUUUGAGUGCAGUGAUGCCUAACAAACGAAACCAUCUUUGGCCAGACGGUGGAUGGACGCUGUGUCUCCACUUCCGCAAGUUCACGGAUUUGUAGGUUACGUUGUGUCCCUAUUACACCGUGUACUUUCCUUUCACGUUUUUGUCUCCCCGAUCGCUCCACCCUUGGAAGAAUAAAUCAGUCAAUUAUACAACACACUGCCCCCCUCUUCCCUCCACACUAUCCAAUACUACCGCCUUAUCCACAUGCAUUGGAGUCUUGGGCCCCGGCGUACCGGCUCCAGCCAUGUCGGCAAGGAAUGCAGCGGCUGGCGGCGGUGACAGAACGACAGGGGAACAGACAGGGGAUGUGUUGGUGGAGGAAAACCAAAGCCAUUCUGUCUCUCUGCCCAGCUUGAUGACCCCCACCUCAGCCGCUGGCAUGACCUCAGGAAUGGAACUGCCCCGGAAACGCAAGGGAAGCAUGGACAUGGAAAUCAAAUCAGCCUCCAAUCUGGUUGCAGAUAUGAAAGAUGAAGAAGACCGAUCUGAAGGGGAGGACUCUCAGGCUAAAAUCAAAUGCUUCAGGUAUCUGGGUUACUCAUUGACCACAAACUGGGAACUUUUUUGGUGUUAUGGAGCCUCACAGCCAGAUCGAGAAGCGGCGCCGGGACAAGAUGAACAAUCUGAUCGACGAGCUGUCAGCCAUGAUUCCCACCUGUAACCCCAUGUCCCGCAAGUUGGACAAACUCACCGUGCUCAGGAUGGCUGUGCAGCACCUCAAAUCCCUCAAAGGUUCCACCUGUUCCUUUGCUGAAGCCAAUUAUAAGCCUUCAUUCCUCCCUGAUGACGAGCUCAAACACCUCAUUCUCAAGGCUGCAGACGGGUUCCUGUUCGUAGUGGGUUGUGAUCGCGGAAAAAUAGUCUUUGUCUCAGAGUCCAUCAACAAGACACUGAAUUACAGCCAGACGGAACUGAUUGGACAGAGUCUCUUUGACUACAUUCACCCAAAGGACAUGGGGAAAGUAAAGGAGCAGCUCUCAGCUUCUGAGUUAUAUCCCCGCGAGAGACUAAUAGAUGCUAAAACGGGCCUGCAGGUCCAGGCUGACCUCCCGGUCGGAGCAGCUCGGCUGUGUCCGGGGGCGCGACGCUCCUUCUUCUGCCGCAUGAAGUACCACAAGAUCUCAGUCAAACAGGAGGACAAGGAAUUCCAGUCCAGCACAUCGAAAAAGAAAGAGUCUGAGAAGUACUGCACUGUCCACUGCACAGGCUACAUUCGCAGCUGGCCCACCAGUCAGCUGGGGGAGGAUGGGGGUGAGGGGGAGACUGACAAGGACAGCUCCCACUUCAGCUGCCUGGUGGCCGUGGGCCGUGUCCACCUCCACGCCGUCUCUCUUGUCAACGGGGCCAACGAGGUCCUGGUCAAAGCAACGGAGUUCGUCACGCGCUACGCCAUGGAUGGCAAGUUCACCUUCGUCGACCAACGAGCCACCACUGUCCUAGGAUACUUACCCCAGGAGCUGCUUGGAACGUCAUGCUACGAAUACUUCCAUCAAGAUGACUUGCCACAUUUAGCAGAACGACAUCGAAAAGUGCUGCGGAGUAAAGAGAAAAUAGAGACACAUUGCUACAAAUUCAAAACGAAACAUGGCUCUUUUGUCACACUACAAAGUCGGAUGUUUAGUUUCAUAAAUCCCUGGACCAAAGAAGUAGAAUACAUAGUGUCAACCAAUACUGUCAUGUCCAGUGACCACAGUCCAACAGACAGAUCUGGGGACAAAGCAGAACCGUCAAGUAAUUCCAAGGCUUCAGAAGACGAUGGCAAUAAGUCUCUUCCCAUCAUCCCGGGGAUCUCCAGUGCUUCCAGUACCAUGAUCUAUGCAGGGAGCAUCGGGACCCAGAUCGCUAAUGAGCUGCUGGACUACAACAGGAUGAACUCGUCCCCAUCCAGCGGUAAUGUCAGCCCCUUCACUGUGCUGAAGGACAAGUCUCCUCUGCAACUUGCACUGUCCAGCAGCAGCGUGCCAAAUGGAGAGGUGGCAGACCUAGAGAUGCCAGGGAAGUCCAGUUCAGAGGAAGGUGAACAACAAGAACUCAAAAGACCACAAUUCCCUGCAGGAGAAUCACUCAUGGUGGAAACUUCCCAGCUGGAUAUGGAGAAUAUGAUGGACCCUGGCCUGGGAGGCCUUAGUAAUGACGAGGCGGCCAUGGCAGUGAUUAUGAGCCUGCUGGAGACGGACGCCGAUCUGGGCGAGGCGGUGGUCAUGGAUGAGAUCAACUGGUCCCUCUGAACUGGUCCCUCUUUGUCUCAUCUCUCCUGAAACUCUCCACGUCUCACUAAAAUUGACUGCACUGAUCUCUCUGAAACUUGCCACAGCUCACUGAAAUUCUAAACCUCUCUGAACCCCCCCCCCCCCCCCCCCCGGCUCUCUGAAACACACUACAGCUCUCAAUAACUUGACCCAAACACAGCAUUUCCCUCAGUACAGUUUUCUCUAUCACCAGGUAUCGUCUCCCUUUUUAAAACAUAUUUUAUUUAUUUAUAAGUUGUUUUAGUUUUUUCCACAUAAGCUGUGUAAUCUUCAGGUGGCUGUUUACAUUUUUUUUAAGACAAUGGGAUCGAGUGGCGAUAAGGGACAACAGCUCUCCACCACUUUCAGUGGGAGGAAGAGAAGAGUCUGAGGCUAUGCCUACAAAGCAUUUCAGGUGGCCAUUUUGACUAUUCUUGGCGGCUAAUUGUCCGUAUCCGCUUUCCUCAGACCUACAGAUCACGUUCCCCUGCUCAGACGUUGCAUACGUCUACCAAUUAUUGUGUGCCAAGUCAUUGACUGUGUCAUCGACUGACAGAUUGCUAUAACAUAUGAUGUGGUUAGCUGAUACGUAAAAUACCUAUCCAGGGGUUGUAAGAUCUGGCAUGCAUCAGCUACGCCUGGGCAGAGGAACGCGCCCACAGUCUCUCCCCAUCGCUGGAGUGGCCUUAGGAGGCGUGGUCUAUUUGAGCAGCAGCCUUUUUGUGCCCCCACGUGUCACAUCCUAUAAGACUAUGGCUGAAUCCCAAAUCACUCCCUUCACCCCUUGACCCUCCAGUUAGCUUUCACGCUUGCCUCCGCCAUAUGCACAAGUGUCCCAAAGCAGAGGGAGUGAAAAUUGUCAUAGGUGUGGGGGCUAAUUAGACAGCCAAGCAAACAAGGCUGCAGGCUUUAGAGCGAAGUGCUAUCCCGACACGCUCCGCGAUAUGUUUUGAGUUUGCGCAUUUUUAUUUGAAUAUACAAGUAUUUGAAUAUUGGAAUGCAUUUGGCAAUACACUUGGAAGGUAUUGGCAUGUAUUUGAAAAUAACCAGUAUUUAUACAAAUAUUUAAAUACUCCCAUGCUUUUGAACCCAGGUCUGUUUGGUCCUAGGUUUAUUUUAAAUAAUAUAUUUGGAAGUAACUAUUUGAAAAUACUUAUGCUUAAAUAGUAGGCUAUUUUAUAGGAAAUCAUUUGAAAAUCCUUCUAAUAGAAGUAGUUGAUUCGGCACCACAUUAUUUUAAAAUAUUUAAAUACACAGGUCUGGUUGACAUUGACAUUGAGAGUCACUGAUAGUCCGCUAUCAAUGUGCCACUUAGAGAUUUUCCCACCAUCAGAGUAACUGGGCGUGUCACGGCCUAACCACCAACUCUCUGGCACACAGCAUUUGGACCGACGUGUGAAGACCUGGUAUGGAUAAAUGCCACAUUCACCCACCAUCUUGACCCAUUCUUAAAAACUGAAAUGGAGGUUUAAGGGAAUAGACUUAAAUUCUAUUAUUAAAAUAGAGAUGUAUCAAAUACCUUAUAUCAAAAUGUACAGUUUAUAAAUGAUCUCUGAAUCAGGGAUCACUCAGGGAGCAACAGAACAGAAACCACCCCUCAUUCCUCCAUUUCAUGUUUAUUCAAUCUUUUACACUUUUUUUAUCACUUGUAGCAGUAUUUUAUUUCUCAGGCUAUAUAUCACACACCUAUAGUAUGUGGGAGUACAGAAGUUGGUAUUGUUGUAAAGUGAUUUGUUUUCUUUUUACAACGUUUUUCGGCUUUAUGACGCCCAUGCUUUGACUUAAUUUCAUGUGUCAUAAUGCACUGAUAGACAACAGUCUUAUAUGGCUCAUUCAGGAGGUGCUACUUCAGAGGUAAACCAAGUAGUUUGUGGUGUGUGGAUUCUUUAAGGGACUACUAUGCAGAGUGAAUGUUCCAGAACAUCUAUAUAGAUCUCUGUCUCUCGCUUAUUAUUCAAACCAGGGGUUGUAACCAUAAUUAUUUUCGUUACAUUCCACUGUUCCGCCCAGCAAAAUAAAGUUCUGAAGUGGUUCAAAACCCCCCCAAAAAAAUGGUUUAUAUCAUUCCUUUCUCUUCCUUUUUAAACCUCUUUAGCUCAACAUUAAAUGACUUCACCAAUCAGUGUGGGUAGAGCAGCUUGCUAUGGAGGGGGCAAGCUGUAAUAGAUGUUUACAUGCAUUGGACAGACAUGUGUAGGGCACAAGAUGUGACUGAAAUUUUGCAGGUGGGGAGGGAGCGAGCAAUAGAGGGUGGAGGAGGCUUGGCUUGAAGCGCUGGGCAUUUUGUUAUUACAUGCAUUAUCUGAAUUAGGAUCACAGCAUUAUACUUGCGGAGGAGCAGAUUCAAUGAAGGAACUUUGGACGUCUUUGAACUUCCAAGAGUUGGCUUAACUUUGGACCAGAAGCUUUGUGUGUGUGUGCAGAGCGUCACCAGAAUUUAAAUAAAAACACAUUUGACCUUUUUGUAGUUAAUAAAGCCAACUUGAAACAUGAUAAGUAUAGUAUCCUUAACUAGUAUUGUGUACGUUUAUCCAUUCUUCUCAAAUAAAAAAAUCUAUCUCUAAUUUUGGAAUAAUCACACUAAUGUCAGCAGGCCACCACACCCUACAUACUCAAUAGAGUACAUGCCAUAUACACACUCGAAUACGACCCCCACUACCUGUCUGUGUCUAUGUUUUGGAGGGCGAGAGAUAGGUAGCCUACACACACUGGCAAACAUUUUCAGCUGGCAGGCAGACACUGGAAUAAGUUUCUGAGGGACAGAGUGAGGGCUUUGCAUAGGCACUUUUUUUAAGGAGGGGGGGGGGUACUGGGGGGGGAAAAUGCCCUGAAGGUAAAAUAACAAAUUAACCAGUUUUUUUUUGUGAUCAAAUUUGUUUUGCUAUUGGUAAGACAGGUACACAUGGACAAAGAAACAAGUAACAAGACCUGGACAAGACAAAAAUAGCCAACUACUUUAUUUGUAGUUGCCCAUUUUACCAUUGCCCCACCAAACUAUAAGAAGCUGAAGCUGGAUAAGCAUACUUUUUAAAUGUGGUGGCUCGAGGUCAUGUCAGUAAGCCCAUCACCUGCCAUCCAUGGUCACACUGAUUGGUCUAUGGUCACCAUGCUUUGAAUGAAUAACGGUUUUUGUGAGGUAAGACUAAAGAACUAAAGUCAUGACAUAUCUUUAAAAUGAUGCUAUCUUUAAAAUGAUGCUGUUUAAACUCCAAUGCCUGUGUGCAUACUGCUGUUUUAGCCCAUCCCGCCACGGUCGUUACUUUUUAAAGUUUGUUCACAUUUUGUGCCAGUAAUGAUUUUGAUUCGGUUCUGAGGGUGGGAUGGAUGGAGGUGUAUUGUGAGUUCUGAAGAACACUGUCUCUGGAGCUCCACGUUUGCUUCAAUACUAAGGGAGGCACCAAUCCACUAGGACCCCCACUACCUGUCUGUGUCUGAAGUGCCUCAUGCCAUUUCUGCAUGGAUACCUGAGAAGUAUAUUACAAACCAUCAGUCCCACCUUACCUCUCAACACAUUAAAUGGUAUGGCAUUUCCCCUCUCGACUGUUUAUUGGAUCAUGGGAUUAAUCGGAAGUAUGAAACACGAUUGGUGGCUGGAUUUGACGUGCCAAUCACGAGCCUGAUCACAGAUGAUGGCAUUCAACAAGCAAGCUGUGAAAGCAUGUGCCAUAGAUACAGGCUGGUCCUAUAAAAGGAAAAAAGUUGUAUGAUUUUAGUUUGUUUUAAGAUGUUUUUUUUCUUCUAAUAUCGUUGUACUGUAUUUGUGAAUGCCCUGAAUUGUGAAACGGUUAAAGUGUACGUUUGUACAGUAGGGCUGCCGCCCACCCUAUUGCCAUUGUAUGGUGGCAUUGAGUGGAAGUCGAGUACUGUUCUGUACUUUGGUUAGAGUCAACCUCAACUGCCCCUGUCCCAGUUUGGAAUCCUAAACAUUAUCCAAGGUAUAGUUAGAUUUAGUGGUUUUUUGGUUCCCUUUAUAUCCCGCCCAGUUGAUCUUAUUGCAUGCAGCUGCUUUUGUAUCCUUUUUUUUAAUGCAUUUUUUGUUUUCGCCUUUAAAAGACAAACUAGGGUAUGAGAGACUGGUAUGUGUGUAGGCGUGUGAAUGAGUAACCAUAAACCAUUAUCUGUGGACUGAUGAGGCUUCAGAAACUGUUUCCCAGACUAGUGCUGUUUCCCAAUUAAUGCGGAUGCCCUAGAAUCUAGACAAACCAAUGUUUUAUUGUGCUUGUGGCACAGGGAUCCCAGUUGGCCACAGUUAGCCUUGCCUUUUAGCCUAUCCACACACAAGCAAGGCCCUUCUUUACCUGCGGGCUCAGAGAAGAGCUGUUUGUUAGCAGGGGAGGCUAGUCAGUGACGCAUUCACAGCUUCAAAAUCACCUGUCUGUUUUUUAAAAUAUACUGUAUUUGUUACUAACUGUUAGUGUAUCUGUUUUGUUUGUUUUAAUAGUGGGCUUAAGAAACACUUAAAGAUUCAUGGCAUUAUUGCUGCUUCAACAGGUCUGGUCUAUGGCAGAGAGGCUGUCUAAGCUGUCUUGUGAAAAAAGGUUAUUCUUAAUAAACAUUAGUUUCCUUUUAA